AUGCCAGGACGCACUUCCCCAACAGGCAGUGUCAUGACACAAGAAGCCUACCGAAAGCGAAAAGAAGAAGAGAACAGCGAAGACGAAGAGGAAAACAUUAACUACGAUUCCGACGACGAUGGCAAGCCAAAGAAGCAAAACGAUCAGAGAAAACGUCAAGAAGCUCACCUCGCUGGGUACCGACAACAAAUGAUGAAAACAACCGAAGGACCGCCAUCAAUAGAACACUCCCGAAUUCCAUCGAUACAAGGUCCAUGGAUGAAUAUCCCCGACGAUGACAGCGACGAUGAUGUCCCGCUGGCGAUGCUGCAGGCUAGAAGUCAACGUGAUCGCAUGUCUCGCUUAGCAGGCGUUCGAUCAAACCCCAAUCUCCGGGCAUCCGCGCAACAACACAUGAUGAGACCUGGUUCGGCGCAAGGAAAGCCCGAUAAUGGUUCACAUCUGCGAUUGCCAUCCUUUGCAACAAAUCUUCCUCAAGAUCCUUUCCAAGACCCGUUUCAAGAUCCAUUUCAGACGAAGAAGCCCAUGUUCACGGGCGGGUUGAUCAGUGUUAUUGCGAAUGAGGAGCGCGCUAAAGCAUCGCGACGGGGAACACCAAGUGCUAGCUUUCAAGCACCACAGAACCCGUUUGCUUUGACGAGUGCAUCGCCGUACAUGCCGCCACCGUAUGGAGCGCCAAUGCCACAGCAAUUAUCGAGGCCGCAAACACCUUCUGGUCAAAUACAUCAGCAAAUACCCCAGGGCAUCCAAGACCAGAUGCAGUUUAUACAGACCAUGACGUUUGGCGCGCAGCACAAGUCCAAUAAUUCGUGGGCCAGCAUUCCGCAAAGACCUGGAACGAGUGGUAGUGCGGCGCCGGCGGUGAAGCCUGCGUUGCCGGCUUAUGGGGGUUAUGCGCAGUCUAUUCCACCAGCGGAAAGGAGUACUGUUGGUCUUCCUAGUCGAUACAGGGCAGUGUCGAAGCAGAAGGCGUAA